CUCUGAGCUUAUUGGAGGGCAAGCCUGCUUUACGGCUCAAGGCCGCUUUUUACGUCAUUUUCCGGCUUCCCAUUCACUUCGCAGUGAAGAUGGCGUCCGGCAGCGGGACGAAAAACUUGGACUUUCGCCGAAAGUGGGACAAAGAUGAAUAUGAGAAGCUUGCCGAGAAGAGGCUCACGGAAGAGAGAGAAAAGAAGGAUGGAAAACCAGUGCAGCCAGUCAAAAGGGAGCUCCUCCGGCAUAGAGACUACAAGGUGGACCUGGAAUCCAAGCUUGGGAAGACAAUUGUCAUUACUAAGACCACACCACAAUCAGAGAUGGGAGGGUAUUACUGCAAUGUCUGUGACUGUGUUGUGAAGGACUCCAUCAACUUCCUGGAUCACAUUAAUGGAAAGAAACAUCAGCGAAAUCUGGGCAUGUCUAUGCGUGUGGAACGUUCCACCUUGGAUCAGGUGAAGAAACGUUUUGAAGUCAACAAGAAGAAGAUGGAAGAGAAACAGAAGGAUUAUGAUUUUGAGGAAAGGAUGAAGGAGCUCAGAGAAGAAGAGGAAAAGGCCAAAGCCUACAAGAAAGAGAAACAGAAGGAGAAGAAAAGGAGGGCUGAGGAGGACUUGACAUUUGAGGAGGAUGAUGAGAUGGCAGCUGUGAUGGGCUUCUCUGGCUUUGGUUCCACCAAGAAGAGUUACUGAGGCUUUCUAUGCUUGGCCCUUUGCUAACUUUGUGUGUGAGGGGGGUCAUUUUUUUCCGGGGUACUUGGGAAAGUCCUUAAGAGUGGCAAUGGGGAGGGCUCGAGGGUGGGUGUUUGUGGUUUCCCUCUACUUUGGGAAAGAGCGCAGGAUGCAGAGGAAAUGCUGUGGCAUGUUCCUUCAGCCUCAGUAUGUCACUGGAGUCAUAGGACCUCUGCCUGAGUUCCCAAUAAAAACCUCUUCUGAGGCUGCUUUCCCUAAACUCCCCCUGCAUCUUUCCCUCUUCAUCUGUCCAACCUCUUACCUGAGCAUACUACAUUGAUCCUGUGUUCUCCCUUUGUUUUAAUUUUGGCUCUUGGCUUAGCCUGCAGCAGAAGGGUUCUCUGGGUCCCCAGUUUCCAGUUGCUAGCAUAUUUUUGACCAGCCUUCUAUCCCCCUCAACCUCCUCUGGUUUUCUGCCACCUGUGCAUGCAUGUGUAUUUCUGCCUGGGUCUGGUAUGUGCGGGCGUGUGUGCAUGAAUUUGUCACAUAGGGGGAGCCUGAGCUAGAACCUCAGAGCAUUGCUGCCUUGGGGCCUGAUGUUCUUGGCUCCUUCAGUGCAUGUAACAGGAAAUUAAAUGGGACGAGUGUUUGGUGUGGUUUUUGUCUGGUGAGUUUUUUAACCUUUGUUCUUCAUAUGUAGACUGUUGAGCGUUUCCUGUUUGUUUCAUUUUAUUGAGGAUUACUCUUUUUUUUCUUCCUUGUGAGCAGGCUCUUGGAAGAACCUGUUUGAUGCAAAAAAGAAAAAGGAAAAAAAACUUCAUAUGGGAGCCCUUGGGUCUCAGAGACUGUUCAACAUGUAUAAUAAAUGGCAUUGACUGGGCCUAUUCACAUUUGGUGGGAACAUUCCAUAUUCUUCCCUGUGUAUUGUUUUUUUCUUCAUACACUGAGUAUUUACAUAUAGAGCUUAUUCUUUCUUCUCCCUUCAUUUGAGUCCUGUCACUUUUUUUUCCCUAGGUUCCUUCAGCACGAGUUGUAUUUUCCUCUGAUGGGAUGUGUAUCCGGAGGAGACUGAACAAAACUUUUUCUCUAAUUUUAGCCUCCUUUGGUCUCUUUUUUGGAACAGCAGAGUUGAGGGUUGAACUUAGUGUGUUCCUUAUUAUCUGCAGUUAGACUAAGCACAGGGUUACUGGAUUUUGGCACUGUUGACAUUUUCGGUUGGCUAAUUCUUUGUUCUGGAGGCUGUCUUGUGCAUUUUAGGAUGUUUAGCAAUAUCCCUAGCCUCUGCUUGUAGUGCACCUCCUCCCCAAGUAUGACAGCUAAGAUGGUGUCCCCAGGAUAUGGUGAAAUCCCUACUCCCAGCCCCAUUCAGAACCACUGAGAAACUGCCUUCCCUACUUUGGUGUAACUUGAGCAUUAGAUCACACAGAUUGCUGAACUAAAAAAAAAAAAAAAAAAAAAAAGCUUUGAAAAUCCCUGGAUUGGGUACUGUGUGUCCCAGGGAUACAGAAGAAAAAAAAUCAGUCCCUUAAAUAAACCAACAAUAGUUACACAAACUUCUGUAUCCUGAAAAGAGGACUCUCUGGGUUAACUAGGCUGCCACCAUAUAUGCCUUGUUUACGUUCUCUGCCUCACAUAGCCCCCUUGAAGCAUCUGAGUCACCUUUGGAUCCCUUAAAGUACUAUACUCUUUCAUUUGGACUUUUGUACGUAAUUCCCUUGCUGUCAGGCAUAACUUGACUAAUUUGUUUCUGACGCUGAUUCUUGCCACUGGGAGCAUUAUGAAUGUUAUCUACUGGCUCAAGGCCUGGUUCAAAGUAUCUUAUACAAUAUUUGUUGGCCAAUUGCAGGCAGAUUAGUGGGUUCUUUGCUUAACAGUAUUGUGUGCUCUACAGGUCCUUCAAGUCAGACUCUAGUAGUUAGGGCUGUUUUGCUCACCCUUUUAAGGCAGGCUGGAGAAAAUAUCAGUGAGCUGAAUUCCUUCCAUGAUUCAGUACUCUUUAGGAAAUCAUCUAAUUCACCUUGUCUUCACAGGAUUUCCCUCCCUCUUUGGUACAGUGGAAUCUUAACUCGAGUCACCCCUACUAAAAAAGCAAUUCUAAAUUCCAGGUUCUCUAAAUUCUCUUGGGACUAACAAGUGGUUUGAGUCUCUAAGGAGUAUGUCUAGGUAAUGAGUGUAUGAAGGGAUUCAAGGCGGUGACUUGAAAAGGUGGAGGGUGGGGUUGGAGAAAGGAGGUGGGAUGGAGGUGGGGUGGGGUGAGGAGGUGGGAUGGAAAUUUAGGAGCCCAGAGCAAUCCCAGAUAACUCAGAAAUCUCUGGAAGAGAAACUUAUUUGAUGUUUGUGGUCUUUCUAAAAUCCAUGGAAAUUUUGCAUUUUGGUUGAGGAAUAUGCCUGUGACUUGCCUACAUGUGUUCAUUUAUUCAGUGAUUACUGAGAUGCUGACCAUGUUCUAGGCCCUGGUAUUGUUUUCUGGAGCAAGGCAUCAAGGCUCAGCUGUCAUGGAAUUUACAUUCUGGUGGAAUUGCCUUUUAAAGUACCUAGGGGACAAAAGAUUGGAUGGUUUCAGAUCAUUCUGUGGCUUCAGGCACCCCCUGGGACUCUUGAGCCUCUCCCAUAGUCCCCCCUCCAAAGUCUUAAAUGUGGAGACUUUAGCAUUUCUACUCAUGUCUAUCCUAAAAACAUACCUGUGUAUGUGUACAUAUACUUCUAAGGGUGUUUACUGCAGGUUUAUUUAACAGUGAAACAUUUAAAAUAAAACACAUUUAUUCUUGAA